GCAAGGAUCGGUUACAACACGAACGCAUCCAUACAGCCAGCAGUUACUAUUCAAGGGAGUAUUGGUACAAGCCGCUGUUUGUCGGUGCGAUUGGCAUAACGAAGCUGGAUAGUCUGUUGCCGGAUAUGGCAGCCACCGAUCCAAGUCGACCGGAGGUGCGGUCUCUGCAAGGAUUUGAGGAGGUACGAGCUGUCCUUAAGGAGUUCCCGCAGUUUGAGGUUGUCCUUGAUGUAUCUGCGGUAACUUUCAGACUUCGAGGCAUUGUUGAGGCCAAUUUGGAUGGCGCAUGCGAGUUGCAUAUCUCUGGAAUAUCGAACGGUACAUCGUUGGGUCAGCUGGCGCUUUUGUUCCUAGGACCAGACGAAAGCUCAGAGUCACUGUUAUGUCUUACUUUACAAGUGGACUCAAAAGGUUCCUCCAGUGGUGAAGCAAUUGCAAUGUAUGGAAGCAAGACAGACGCCAUCAAUGCCGAAUUAGAGCUAAGCGGUUUAACACUCCGAGACGACGGAGCGAAAGCUUUAAAGAUUCGUCGGGUAAGUCACGGGCAAUCAUCGUUAUCGGCGAGAGGGGGCUCCGGUGAAAAUCGACCCGGAACUGGAAGUUGGCCGGUGCGUAGCUUCGAAGGUUACCGGAAGGUAUUCGAGGGCGUCUAUUGCCCGAAGAGUGUAAAGGACGAGAUUGACAAAAGAGAAACUCCGCAUCCCCCUGAAAUGAGUAGACGUCUCUACGUUGCCAACAUUCCCAAAAGUAAGACCCAGCCCGAAAUUCUAGAGUACUUUCAGAGGUGCUUCCUAGGCGUCACUGACGUCAUUCUUUACGCGUAUCCAGGAUCAGAACGGAGUCGCGGUUUUUGCUUCGUUGAAUUUAGCUCAGUGAAGUGCGCAAUGAUCGCUAAGGAGGCAAUCGUUGCCUCCAGACCGUGGGGCUGUAACGUCGUCGCUGACUGGGCCGAUCCUGAGUAUGAACCGGAUGAGGAAGUAAUGAAGAACGUGAAGGUACUUUAUUUGAAGAACAUUGCGGCUACCACUACCGAGAACGAUAUACGCAGAGCAAUCGAGAUGCGAGGUGUUCAGGUCGAACGCGUAAAGGUAAUUCGCGAUUUUGGAUUCGUACACUUUAUAACGCGUGGACGUGCCGAAGCCGCUCUGGAGGUCUGCAAAGAUCUCGUGCUUCAUGGACAACGACUACAAGUUUGUUGGGCAAAGCCGCCACCAGACAAACACAUGCGCGAGGAAGUUUUGCGAAACCGCGAGCGACGGAUGUGGUGUUUCCAAGCAGCCCGCGGUGACGGCUGUUGCAGUCAGAAUCCCUUAUUCGCUCCCGAACACCUGCAUACAAGUGGCUACCAAUUAGAUGCGCCUUCCUGUCGUUUCACUGGAUGCAGUGGUAACCGUGGACGCGGCGACUACUGAAAACCUACGACCCUGCCCAAUAAUGACGCAAUGGCCAACAGGCGUAACCAGUCUUAGAAAUAUGGCAGUUAAUCAUUGCGAUAAAUGGGAGGGGAACGUUUAUCCUUUAACAGCCAAAACUUUGGGGUAGAUUCUUCUAGGAGAAACAUCUUUGCUCAACUGCCAAUAUCUACAAAAAGGGAUAUAUUUCAGGGUUCAGGAUUUAAUUGAAAAGACACAACAAAAGACGCCAGGGUGCUCUGUUUGGCUGGCGAAAACACCCGCAUUUCGUUAGAAAUAAACAAUUUUGUAUAGUGUAACGGCUGGAAGACUGUAUUGGAGUCUGUCAAUUGUUAGGCGGCCGGAAGCUAGUGUUCCUAGGAAACGAACAUCCGACAGUAUCGAACUCUGAUUGAUUUCAUAUAAGGUAGUGUCGGAUUGAUUUUGAGGUAGUUUGAGCUCUUAAGUCGUCUAGUCAGUAGAUAAAACAUGGCUAGGAAAGAAAGGCUGGCUCGUAACGGAGACGUCUAAAACGAGUCGAUGGAGUAAUGUGUUAGAAGUUUGAACACAAAUACUACAUAUAGCGGACAUUAUGCCCUAGACAAACGGCGCAUGCGGUGCUUCGUGUUGUACUCGAAGUGCUCCUCGGAUGGUCAUGUCAUAGAAGAAAUGUCUCCAUUACUAUCAGGAUAUAAAAGGAUCGCUAUAAAAGCCAGCUGCUAACCCGAGAACUUAUCAAGGCAUUUCCAAGAAAACUGUAAGCCUAGCAUUGUUCAUAUGUAUAUGAACAAUGCUAUAUUUCAUGUGUUUUGUAUAUAUAUAUAUAUAUAUAAAGCACUUCCUGUAACUUUAAAAAAAAUUAUUCAAUAUAGUGAUAAGCUUAUAGUUAUUAUUAGUUAGUAUUAUAAAUAGCUUGAAGAUAUUAGCUCUUGGGCUAGCAGCUGGAAUUUAUAUCGUAUCCUCCAUA